UCCUCCUAUUUGCCAAGGAUUUAGGAACUAACGAGAGACCUGAAUAUCUAUCUUUGGAAAAUGGCAGCUUCGGCUCCUCUUUCUCACACUUUCUGCACACUUCGAUAUCUUUCUUCUUCUUCUAAACCACCAAGAACCUCAAUUCACUCUUUUGCUCAAUGUUCUCCAUGUAUCCAUCACAAUUUCUCCCUCAACAAACACUGUGAAACCACUAAAUUUGCUCUAUCCAGAUGGAAUCCAGUAAUAAUCAACCAUAACAAACGUUCCUCAGCCAAAAGCUCCCUCUCAUUCCAGGACUCUGCUACGGAAGCAAGUGAUGAUGGGGAGACCCUCAGUGAAUUGGAAAUGUCAAAAGACGUAGCAGAUGAGAAAUAUUCAUCUAGAUUGAAGUCCCUCAUGCAAGUUUACAAGGAGGCCAUUCUAGUUGGAGAUGUAAAGAUUGUAUCUGAAAUUGAGGCUGUCAUAUCCUCGGUGGAAAAGGAGAGAAACGACUUGGCUCAAAAAGUAUCUGCUCUAUCUGCAGAUAUCAAUUCUGGAAAGGAGAAAUAUAUCCGUUUGCAAGCAGAUUUUGAUAAUUAUAGGAAAAGAUCUGAGAAUGAGAGAUUAAGAAUUAGGACCAAUGCUCAAGGGGAAAUAAUUGAGAGCCUCUUGCCCAUGGUUGAUAACUUUGAGAGAGCUAAGCGACAGAUCAAACUAGAAACUGAGAUGGAAAAGAAAAUUGAUGCAAGUUACCAGGGAAUAUACAAACAAUUCGUGGAGAUAAUGAGGAGCUUGCGCGUUGCUGUUGUUCCAACUGUUGGCAAGCCAUUUGAUCCUGCGCUGCACGAGGCUAUUGCUCGUGAGGAAUCUCAGGAAUUUAGUGAGGGAAUUGUAAUUGAAGAAUUUCGCCGUGGGUUUUUACUUGGAGACCGCCUUCUAAGGCCAGCAAUGGUUAAGGUUUCAUCAGGACCUGGUAAAAGGGUACCAUCUUCAGUCACACAGAAAUCCCCAACAUCAGCUGUCAGAGUUGAUGAAAGCUAGUUCAAUUUCAGGGGGAUUCAUUCAAUUCUUUGAAGAGUGAAGACUACAUCCAGUCAUAUAAAUGGAUUUGAAUUCUCACACGUCUCGGCAAUCCUCAGCGAUAGUGUACAAUCAUCUAUUCCUAACUCUUUUUUUGUUUCUGUUACACAAUGAGAAAUAGGGGGAAUAGUUCCUUUGAAUGUUGAGAGAUACAAUCCAAUUGUUGAAGGAAAAUAUGCUUGUUCUGCUGUUUUUCUAAACGCUUGUGAACUCUCUUUUGCAUUAAGGGUGUGUUUGGUAUGAAGUUGGAAAUUUUUUGGAAAACAAA